AUGAAGUGGAACAUUAUAUGGGUGCUAGUCAUGAUGAUGGUCGGUGUGACUAUGGGAGCUAGUGAUGAUAAAGGUAAGAAGGGGAAUUAUAUAAAAUCGACGUCGUUGUUGACAUGUAUGGAAAAUUCGUUAUUUACGGCGUCGCAUUUUGAUGUGGUGUUUUAUCCAGAUAGUGGGAAGGUUUUUUUCGAUAUUACUGCUAUUUCUAAUAUUGAUGGUAAGAUCGCGGCACAGAUUGAUGUUAUUGCGUAUGGGCUUAAUGUCUUGACGCGUAAUAUCUCGUUCUGUGACUUGAAUUUCGAAACUAUUUGUCCGUUAACAAGUGGACAUAUGGAAUUGGACUCACACUACGAUCUUUCUAAAUCUAUUACAAAGGAAAUCCCUGGUGUCGCGUACACUAUUCCAGAUUUAGAUGCCAGAGUUAGAGUGGUUGUAUAUGAUGCAGAAGAUAAUACAAAGCAAUAUGCUUGUGUCGAAGCUGUCUUGAGUAACGGUAAGACUGUUCAAACCAAAUAUGCAGCAUGGCCUAUUGCAGCUAUUUCGGGUUUGGGGGUUAUCACUUCGGGUGUCGUUUCAAUCAUUGGUCAUUCGAACACUGCAGCGCAUAUUGCGUCGAACUCGAUGUCUUUAUUCGUCUAUUUCCAGUCAUUAGCGAUAACUUCGAUGAUGGCUGUCGCAAUGGUUCCACCAAUUGCAGCUGCGUGGGCCCAAAAUUUCCAGUGGUCUUUGGGUAUUAUUAAAGUCGGUUUUGUCCAAAACAUUGCAAAUUGGUAUAUGCAAGCAACAGGUGGUACUCCAACCGACAUUCUUGCAUCAUCGUAUUUGUCGAUUUCCGUUCAAAAGAAUAAAUUUAAGAGAUCUGCUGAGUAUCUCUUAAACACCUUAAUUGACAAACAAAGAGCUAAUGAUCAUUUGACUCUUUUCAAGAGAGCCAGUAUUUCUCUUGAUUCCGACGAUUUUGGUUACGGUGAUUCGUUAGAUUCAUCAUUAUACUCCGUUAAUGAAAAAGAUGAUGAUUUAUCUUCAAAAAUUUUGGUUUUAAGAGGUAUCCAAAGAAUUUCCUAUUUAGCAGGAAUUGAAAUUACCAGCUUGUUCAUGACUAGUAUUAUGUUUUUGUUGUUUGUCGCCUUUGUUUUAGUUGUCUGCAUAUCUGCAUUCAAGGCUAUUAUGGAAAUUUGUAUUCGUGCUAAAUUUAUAAAUGAAGGUAAAUUUAACGAGUAUAGACAGCAAUGGCGUUAUAUCAUUAAAGGUUCCCUUUAUAGAUUACUUUUAAUUGCAUUCCCACAAUUAUCUGUAAUGUGCAUCUGGGAAUUUACUACUCAUGAUUCUGGUGGAACCGUUGUUGUUGCUGUUUUCUUAUUGGCAGUGGUUUUGAUUUUGUUGGUUCAAGCGGCCAUUAGAGUCUAUUUAUUAGGUAGAAGAUCCGUCAGACAAUUUAAAAAUGCAGCCUAUUUAUUAUAUGGUGAUGGAAAAUUCCUUAAUAAGUUCGGUUUUGUUUAUGUUCACUUCCGUGCCGAUUGUUAUUAUUUUGUGAUGAUCAAUUUAAUUUACAUCUUCUUAAAAUCAUUAUUUGUCGCUGUUUUACAAAAACAAGGGAAAGCACAAUCGGUCAUAGUAUUUGCCAUUGAACUCAUCUACUGUAUCCUUUUGUGUUGGGUUAGACCUUUCAUGGAUAAAAGAACGAAUGCAUUUAACAUUACUAUUUCUGUUAUUAAUGCUAUCAAUGCACUUUUCUUCAUGUUCUUCUCGUACAUUUUCAAACAACCACAUAUCGUUGCUUCUGUUAUGGCUAUUGUUUAUUUCAUUUUGAAUGCUGUAUUUGCAUUGUUCUUAUUAUUAUUCACCAUUGUUACAUGUGUUUUGGCCUUGGUUUAUAAGAAUCCAGAUACAAGAUAUCAACCAAUGAAGGAUGACAGAGUUUCAUUUUUACCUAGGUUCGACCGUAAAAAUAAAGGUGACAAAGAUAUGAAUAAAAGCCAACAAGAUGGAGAUGAUUUGGAAUUAAUGGCUUUGGGUGCUACAGCUAUGAGAGGCCAUGAAAAUGGUGGUAAGCCAGCCAUUUAUGAUGAAGAUGAAUCUGUAUAUGAUGAGGAUGCGUUUUCGGAACAAAAUAUCAAACAUCAAAAUACUUUCAAUUCUAACCUGUACUCUGAUAGUGGAGGCAAUAGAGACUCGUAUUAUUUAGAAUCAAUUGAACCAACUCAACCAACCUCAACUAUUGUUGGUAAUCCGAACGGUGCUAUGGGUAAGUACAAUACUGCUUAUGGUAACACUGACAAUGCAAAUGGGAAUAGAGUAAACUUCAUAUGA